CACAAAUCCACCGUGAGUGUCCUACUCACUGUUCUUGAAAAACUUUUAUAAAAAAUACAUAAAAAUUACAAAAUUCAUAAAACUAAUAAAAACAAGUAUCGCGCAAAGAAACGUUUAAAAAAAUAGCAAAAAUUUAAACUCGUUAAAAAAAAGGAGACCUUCACUGCCGAUCGGAACUCUCGAAGCCGCAGCAGAGGCAGCAGCUCGCUCCCGGACCCUUUUUUGGUCGAAGCUUUUUGGUAGUUUGAGACAUGAACACGGCCACUGGGAGUUAUCCGAUGGCUUCCCUGUACGUGGGAGACCUGCACCCCGACAUCACCGAGGCCAUGUUGUACGAGAAGUUUAGCCCAGCCGGGCCGGUUCUGUCGAUCCGGGUGUGCAGAGACAUGAUGACCCGAAGAUCCCUGGGGUACGCUUAUGUCAACUUCUCCCAACCCGCCGACGCUGAGAGAGCCCUGGACACCAUGAACUUUGACGUGGUGAAAGGAAAACCCAUCCGGAUCAUGUGGUCCCAGAGAGACCCGUCCCUCAGGAAGUCAGGGGUGGGAAAUGUGUUCAUCAAGAACCUCGACAAGUCCAUCGACAACAAGUCUCUCUAUGACACUUUCUCUACAUUUGGGAACAUCCUGUCAUGCAAGGUGGUGUGUGACGAGAAUGGCUCGAAGGGUUACGCGUUCGUCCACUUUGAGACGCAGGACGCGGCCGACCGGGCCAUUGAGAAGAUGAACGGGAUGCUUCUGAAUGACCGCAAGGUGUUUGUGGGUCGCUUCAAAUCUCGCAAAGAGCGUGAGGCUGAAUUGGGCGCUAAAGCCAAAGAGUUCACCAACGUCUACAUCAAGAACUUUGGAGAGGACAUGGACGACGAUCGGCUGAAAGAGAUGUUUGACAAAUAUGGGAAAACCCUCAGCGUGAAGGUGAUGACGGAUCCCACCGGCAAAUCCAGAGGCUUCGGAUUUGUUAGCUACGAGAAGCAUGAGGACGCUAACAAGGCUGUUGAAGACAUGAAUGGUUCUGAACUCAACGGCAAGACUGUGUUUGUGGGCCGUGCUCAGAAGAAGAUGGAGCGGCAGGCGGAGCUCAAGAGGAAGUUUGAACUACUGAAGCAGGAAAGAAUCAGUCGUUACCAGGGUGUCAAUUUGUACAUCAAGAACCUGGAUGAUACGAUAGAUGAUGAAAAACUGCGUAAAGAGUUCUCUCCAUUCGGUUCAAUCACAAGUGCGAAGGUGAUGUUGGAGGAGGGUCGCUCCAAAGGCUUCGGCUUUGUCUGCUUCUCCUCCCCGGAGGAGGCCACCAAGGCUGUGACUGAGAUGAAUGGACGUAUUAUUGGAUCCAAGCCUCUCUAUGUGGCUCUGGCUCAGCGCAAGGAGGAGCGCAAAGCUCACCUCACCAACCAGUACAUGCAGCGCAUCGCUGGCAUGAGAGCCAUGCCGGCCAACGCCAUCAUCAACCAGUUCCAGCCCACCAGUGGAUACUUCAUGCCAGCUGUUCCACAGGCCCAGAACAGGACCACAUACUAUGCACCCAAUCAGAUGGCACCAAUGCGUCCCAACCCUCGCUGGCAACAGCAAGUCGGUAGAGGCCAAGGAGGCUUCCAGGGAAUGCCCAGCUCGCUGCGACAGCCCGGCCCUCGUGCUAACAUGCGACACAUGAGUCCUGGUGGAAACUCUCAGGGCCUGCGAGCUGCUGGCCAGACAAUGGCGCCUCGUCCUUCCAUGGUGCCUGGCCCUCGGCCAAUGCCUCCUUAUAAAUACGCCACUGGUGUGCGAAACCCCAACCCUCAAGUGGUGCAACCAAUUCCUUUACAACAGGCUCAGCCAGCCGUACACGUCCAGGGCCAGGAGCCGCUAACAGCCUCCAUGUUGGCUGCUGCACCGCCACAGGAGCAGAAGCAGAUGCUUGGUGAACGUCUCUUCCCCCUGAUUCAGGCGAUGCAUGCCAACCUGGCGGGAAAGAUCACUGGCAUGCUGCUGGAAAUUGACAACUCUGAGCUGCUGCACAUGCUGGAGUCCCAUGAAUCUCUGCGGUCAAAGGUGGAGGAGGCGGUCGCAGUACUGCAAGCCCACCAAGCCAAGAAAGAAGCCACCCAGAAAGUGGGCACCACUGGUGCUGCUCCAACAUCCUGAGCAUUCUGGCUAUAUUUUAUUGGGCAGAUCAUCACGGACACCGGACAAUACUCAGCCAUCCAGCUAACACAAGAGAGAAGGCAUCGUUUCUGUAGGAAUAUUUAGAGUAAAUCUACUUAUUUUAUUGAUCAGAAAUAAAAUCUAAUAUAAUUAAAAUACCUAAUUUUGUGGCAAAGGAGAGAAUUUAUUUCCUGAAUGGAGAAUGAAUUUUGUUCCAUUUUCUUUGCUUGAAGAUUUAUGUUUGGUUUAUGACAAGACUCCAUCCCGUCAUGUUAUCAGGGGUGUGUGGUAUGCUCAAUAAAAGAAUGUUAU